ACCACAGCUCGGCAACUCCAGGGGGGGGCACCCCCUGCCGGAGACCGCCAGAGCUCCGGGAGCCGCCCCACCCGGAAGAGCCCGGCCCGCGGACGCGGCGAGCAGCCAAUGAGGGAACAGCACACGGCGUUUCCAGGCGAGCGCAAGCCCCGGGGGCGGGACUUCCGGUCUCAUCCCCCAGGAGGUCUCUCUGCCUCAGGUUGGGUCUGUUUGUCCCGUAAGCUGCCGGAGCGCGCGUCAGGCUCCGGUGACCGGCCGUGAAGACGCGAGGGGAGGCGCUGUCCUCGCCGCACGCGGUCGAGUCCGGGUGUCCGCCCACCUCCGGCCUCGCUCGGCCCAGCGAGUCCGAUGGCGGCGGCCGCGCGCAGGGGCCCGGCUCCGGUAAGCGUCGUCCCCGCACCCAGACCCCCGCGGCCCAGGCCCCGGCGUCCGGGACAGGCGGGCGGCGGCGGGCGGGGGCCCCGUGCGGGAGCGGGCUCCGGGCCGAGGGCGGCCGGGGCCGAGGCGGGAGGGGGCCGCGCCAGCGGCGGGCAACAGCAGCUCGCCGUCCUUCCUGUCGGGAGCGCAGUGCCGCGCGGCCGUGAGGCCCGUCCCCUCGCUGCCCGAGAAGCCCGUCUCUCCUGGCGGGCGUGAGGUGGGCUCGGCCGGGUGUGAAUAGGCGUUCUCCGGCCGCCAGAGGGGAGAGCCCGCCGCGGGGCUAAGCGAGGAGGCAAUGGCAGGAGUCGGUGGCACUGUCCGCGGACUGCUGCUCGGCCCGCCUCGGAUGUCGGAGGACUGGUGGACUCCUGGGGUACGUUCUGAGAAGGGCUACGGCAAAGGGUGGGUGUUGCAGGUGAGGAGAGAAGGGGGAGCGAGGGAGGCCCCGGGGCUUCGGGUCCGUGACCCUAAGAACGAAGCAAGAGCGGACAGUUAUUUUACCCGCACGAACGGGUUUCUGUGGAGACGGAAGAGAAGUGCAGUUUGGAACGGAGAAGCGGAGUCCAAGCAGUAGGUCGGCGCGGAGGGCAAGAGGGGUGGUCUUUUUUCAGGGGAAAGGGGUGAAGUCGGGAAGGUGUUGUAAACGUAAGUCCCCUGGAGGCAACGGGAAGUGCUGGUACAGUGGCUUCUCAUUGGCUGAGCCGUUGGGUGGGGCGCUCAGGACAGACUGUCUUUUUGGGUCUGUGCUUGUGAAGAAGUAUCCCCAUAUAAGGUCAAGUCCGUCUCUGUGGGUUGCGUCUGCAGUUGAUCACUGGCAGUGCCUGAGAGCUCCCUGUGCCUCAACCUCCCGACUCCAUUUCCGUGAGGUUUCCCAUCACUGAUUUUCACAGGUCCUGGCAGCUGAAGGGACGGAAGCGCCCAUCAGCCUGAUGGAAGUUAGCAGUCGGUUGCGUAUCCUUGGGGAUGUCCUACCUUGUUUUGACAUUGUUAAGCGACUUAGAUGUUCGGAGAAGUGUGAGUGAUGGUGCCAAGUGGGCAGCUGGACAAGAUGUUUUGGGAAACUGGGGGAAGGUUUCAGGAUGGAGGGUUUGAAAAGUGAUGGCUGCUGUGUGGCCCGGGUGGAGAUCUGGAUCACAACUAGGAAGGGAAUGCAGAGUAUCAUGGUAAUACUGCUAGUAGGUCAGAGGGUCCUAGUAAAGUCUGCUGAAGAGUGGUUUUCUUCCUCAGCAUGUGCUUGGGGUUGCUGGGCAUUGUGAACACAGGUGAAGGAGAGAGAAUGAUCUGGCAGAAACAUGGGCAAGCCUUCCCUGGGAUGAUGGGACAAGAGGUAGCUGAGGACAACUAGGAGUUUUGUGGGUUUUGUUUUGUUUUUUAAUUUCUUUGUUUAAGUAGGCUCCAUUCCCAGUGUGGAGCCCAGCAUGAGUCUUGAACGCAUGACUCUGAGAUCAAGACCUGUGCUGAGAUCAAGAGUCAGAUGCUGAACCCAUGUGGUGUGACCUUUGAGGACAUUGCUGUGUACUUCUCCUGGAAGGAGUGGAAGCUUCUUGAUGAGACUCAGAGACGGCUCUACCACCAUGUGAUGCUGGAGAACUUUACACUUAUAUCCUCACUGGGUUGUUGCUGUGGAGCAGAGGAUGAGGAGGCACCCUUUGCCCAGAGCACUUCUGUAGGCGUGUCACAGACCAGGACGCCCAAGGCAGCUCAGUCUUCCCGGAAGACCCACCCCUGUGAAAUGUGUGGUCCAGUCUUGAGAGACAUUUUCCAUUUGGCUGCGCACCAGGGAAAAGAAAACAGCCAGAGACUGUUGAGGUGUGGGGCCUGUGGGAAACGAUUUUAUUUCAUUACUGACUUCAGAAAACAUGAGAAACAGCACAUGGGAGAGAAACCCUUCAGAAGCCGUGUGGACAGGGCCUCUGUUGUGAAGAGCUGGGGAUUCCAUGGUGCAGGAAAGCCCCUUACCUGUGGAGAAGUUCAGAAGGAUUUCCUGUCUGGCUCAGGGCAUCUGCAGCAAGAGGCCACUCGUACUGGGGAGAAGCCACACACGAUCACCCAGUGCAGGGCAACUUUACAAAGCAGAAAAAGUCAUGACACCUGGGGAGAAUGCAAGAACGCCUUUGGUCCCAAACACACACAUAGUCAGGACCAGGGUGUCCACCUUGGAAGACAGUCCUUUGUGUGCAGUGAAUGCGGGAAAGCAUUCAGGUACAAAUCCUUAUUUGCCAUACAUCAGAGAUACCAUAUUGGAAAAAGACAUUAUGAGUUUGGCAAAUAUGGAAAAUCACUUAGGCAAAGGUCAGCCCUGAAUGAACAUGGUAAAACUCACAGUGGAUCCAGGCAAUACAUGUGCAGCAAAUGUGGGAAAUCCGUAGGCUGCAACUCUGUCCUCAUUCAUCCCCAGGGAUGGCACAAUGGAGCGAAGAGUUAUGUUUGCAGUGGAUGUGCAAAACCUUUUAUCCAUAGAUCAGUGUUGAUUACUCAUAGGGUUCGCCCUGGAGAAAGGUUUUAUAAAUGUUGUGGCUGUGCAAAAUCUUUUCCCUCUAUGUCUGCCCUUUGUUAUCAUCAGAGAUCUCACACAGACUUAAGACCGUAUGAGUGCAGUGAUUGUGGGAAAUCUUUUACCACUAGUUCUAUCCUCCAUGCUCACCAGAGAGUUCACACUGCAGAAAGGCCCUAUGAGUGCAGUGAAUGUGGCAAGUCCUUUGUCCGAAGGUAUAGUCUCAAAGUACACAUAAAGGUUCACUCAGGUGAAAGGCCUUAUAAGUGUGAUGAAUGUGAGAAAUCUUUUAAGUGGAAGUCCACAUUGAUUAAACACCAGAGAAUUCACACUGGAGAAAGGCCUUAUGAGUGCAGUGAAUGCGGGAAAUCUUUUAUCUGUAGGACUCACCUCCAUUAUCAUCACAGAAUUCACACUGGAGAAAGGCCUUAUGAGUGCAGUGAAUGUGGCAAGUCCUUUAUCCGAAGAAAUAUCCUCAAAGUACACGUAAAGGUUCACUCAGAUGAAAAACCUUAUAAGUGUAAUGAAUGUGGGAAAUCUUUGAAGUGUAAGUCAACACUGAUUAAACACCAGAGGAUUCACACAGGAGAAAGGCCUUAUGAGUGCAGUGAAUGUGGGAAAUCUUUUGCCACUAGUUCUGUCCUUCAUUCUCACCAGAGAGUUCACACUGGAGAAAGGCCUUAUGAAUGCAGUGUAUGUGGGAAAUCUUUUACCACGAGGUCUGUCCUCCGUGAUCACCAGAGACUUCAUACUGGAGAAAGGCCUUACGAAUGCAGUGAAUGUGGGAAAUCUUUUACUGCUAAUUCAGCCCUCCAUUAUCACCAGAGAGUUCACACUGGAGAGAGACCUUAUGAGUGCAGUGAAUGUGGCAAGUCCUUUGUCCGAAGAAAUAGCCUGAGUGUGCACCUAAAGGUUCACUCAGGUGAAAAGCCUUAUAAGUGUAAUGAAUGUGGGAAAUCAUUGAAAUGUAAGUCAACAUUUGUUGAACACCAGAGAAUUCACACAGGAGACCGGCCUCAUGAGUGCCAUGAUUGUGGGAAAUCUUUUGCUACUAGAUCUGCCCUUCGUUCUCACCAGAGAGUUCAUACUGGAGAACGGCCUUAUAAAUGCAGUGACUGUGGGAAGUCUUUUACCACUACUUCUCACCUUCGUUCUCACAAAAGAGUUCACAAUAGUGAAAGGCCUUAUGAAUGCAGUGAAUGUGGCAAGACCUUUUGCCGAAGGAAUAGUCUCAAUGUACACAUCAAGGUUCACUCGGGUGAAAGGCCUUACAAAUGUAAUGUAUGUGGGAAAUCUUUGAACUAUAAGUCGACGUUCAUUCAACACCAGAGAAUUCACACAGGAGAAAAGCCUUAUCUGUGCAGUGAAUGUGGGAAAUCUUUUAGUUACAGCCGCGCCCUCCGGUAUCAUCGUCAAAGUCACCUUGCAGGUGGUGUGACUUUUGAGGACAUUGCCGUGUACUUCUCCUGGAAGGAGUGGAGGCUUCUUGAUGAGGCUCAGAGACGGCUCUACCACCAUGUGAUGCUGGAGAACUUUACACUUAUAUCCUCACUGGGUUGUUGCUGUGGAGCAGAGGAUGAGGAGGCACCCUUUGCCCAGAGCACUUCUGUAGGCGUGUCACAGACCAGGACGCCCAAGGCAGCUCAGUCUUGCCGGAAGACCCACCCCUGUGAGAUGUGUGGUUCAAUCUUGAGAGACAUUUUCCACUUGGCUGCGCACCAGGGAAAAGAAAACAGCCAGAGACUGUUGAGGUGUGGGGCCUGUGGGAAACGAUUUUAUUUCAGUGUAAAGUCUCAGCAGCAGCAGGAGCAGCACGUGGGAGCAGAAUCCUUCAGAAGCCGUGUGGACAGGGCCUCUGUUGUGAAGAGCUGGGGAUUCCAUGGUUCAGGAAAGCCCCUUACCUGUGGAGAAGUUCAGAAGGACUUCCUGUCUGGCUCGGGGCAUCUGCAGCAAGAGGCCACUCGUACUGGGGAGAAGCCACACACGAUCACCCAGUGCAGGGCAACUUUACAAAGCAGAAAAAGUCAUGAUACUUGGGGAGAAUGCAAGAAUGCGUUUGGUCCCACACAUUCGCACGUUCAGGACCAGGGUGUCCACCUUGGAAGAUGGUCCUUUGUGUGCAGUAAAUGUGGGAAAACAUUCAGGUAUAAAUCUUUAUUUGCUAUACACCAGACGUUCCAUACUGGAGAAAGAGGUUAUAAGUUUAGCAAAUACGGAAAAUUCCUUAGGCAUUGGUCAGCUUGCAGUCAACAUGAAAAGACUCAUACUCUGCUCAAGCAGUACAUGUGCAGCAAAUGUGGGAAAUCCUUAAGCCAGAAAUCUGGCCUCAUUCAUCCCCAGAGAUGGCACAAUGGAGAAAAGAGUUAUGUUUGCAGUGGAUGUGCAAAAUCUUUUAUCCACAGAUCAGUGUUGAUUACUCAUAGGGUUCACCCUGGAGAAAGGUUUUAUAAGUGUCGUGGCUGUGCAAAAUCUUUUUCUACUAUGUCUGCCCUUGCUUAUCAUCAGAGAUCUCACACUAGGGAAAGACCUUAUGAGUGCAGUGAAUGUGGGAAAUCUUUUACCACUUGUUCUAACCUCCGUUGUCACCAGAGAGUUCACACUGGAGAAAGGCCCUAUGAGUGCAGUGAAUGUGGCAAGUCCUUUGUCCGAAGAAAUAUCCUCAAACUACACAUAAAGAUUCACUCAGGUGAAAGGCCUUACAAGUGUAACGAAUGUGGGAAAUCUUUUAAGUGGAAGUCAGCAUUGAUUAAACACCAGAGAAUUCACACAGGAGAAAGGCCUUAUGAGUGCAGUGAAUGUGGGAAAUCUUUUAGCACUAAGUCUGUCCUCCAUGAUCACCAAAGAGUUCACACUGGAGAAAGGCCUUAUGAGUGCAAUGACUGUGAGAAAUCUUUUACCACCAAAUCGGCCCUCCAUUAUCACCAAAGAGUUCACACCAGAGAGCAGCCUUAUGUGUGCAGUGAAUGUGGCAAGUCGUUUGUCCAAAGAAGUAGCCUCAAUAUACACAUAAAGGUUCAUUCAGGUGAAAAGCCUUAUAAGUGUAAUGAAUGUGGGAAAUUUUUGAAGUGUAAGUCAACACUGAUUAAACACCAGAGAAUUCACACAGGAGAAAGGCCUUAUGAGUGCAGUGAAUGUGGGAAAUCCUUUGCCACUAGUUCUGUCCUUCAUUCUCACCAGAGAGUUCACACUGGAGAAAGGCCUUAUGAAUGCAGUGAAUGUGAGAAAUCUUUUACUGGCAUUUCAGGACUCCACUAUCAUCAGAGAGUCCACACUGGAGAGAAACCUUAUGAAUGCAGUGAAUGUGGCAAGUCCUUCGUCCAAAAAAGUAGCCUCAAUGUACACAAAAAGGUCCACUCAGGUGAAAAGCCUUACAAGUGUAAUGAAUGUGGGAAAUCAUUGAAAUGUAAGUCAACAUUUGUUGAACACCAGAGAAUUCACACAGGAGACCGGCCUCAUGAGUGCCAUGAUUGUGGGAAAUCUUUUACGUCUAGGUCUACCCUUCGUUCUCACCAGAGAGUUCACACUGGAGAACGGCCUUAUGAAUGCAGUGACUGUGGGAAGUCUUUUACCACUACUUCUCACCUUCGUUCUCACAAGAGAGUUCACAAUAGUGAAAGGCCUUAUGAAUGCAGUGAAUGUGGCAAGUCCUUUUGCCGAAGGAAUAGUCUCAAUGUACACAUCAAGAUUCAUUCGGGUGAAAGGCCUUACAAAUGUAAUGUAUGUGGGAAAUCUUUGAACUAUAAGUCGACGUUCAUACAACACCAGAGAAUUCACACAGGAGAAAAGCCUUAUCUGUGCAGUGAAUGUGGGAAAUCUUUUAGUUACAGCCGCGCCCUCCGGUAUCAUCGUCAAAGUCACCUUGCAGUAAGUCCUUAUGAUUGUAGUGAUUGUGGGAAAUCUUUUACUUGUAGUUCUUACCUCCGUGAUCACCAGAGAGUUCACACUGGAGAAAGGCCUUAUAAAUGCAGUCACUGUGGGAAAACUUUCACUUCUCGUUCCCUCCUCCGUUCUCACCAGAGAUUUCACACUGGAAAAAGGCCUUAUGAGUGCAGAGAAUGUGGCAAGUCCUUCUUCCAAAGAAGUGCCCUGAAUGUACACAUAAAGGUUCACUCACGUGAAAAGCCUUAUAAGUGUAAUGAAUGUGGGAAAUUGUUGAAGUACAAGUCGACAUUCAUAAUACACCAGAGAAUUCACACAGGAGAAAGACCUUACGCUUGCAGUGAAUGUGAGAAAUCUUUUAUCAGUUAUGGUGCUCUCAGUUACCAUCACAGAGUUCACAUUGGAGAAAGACAUUAAGAGUACCGGGGAUGUGGGAAAUCUUUCAGCUAAAUUUCCAGUCUCAUUCAAGAUGAGAAAGUACGCAGUAAAUAGUGUCUUUAUGGGUAGUAACAUGAACUAAAUGGUUCUGUUCACUGAUGUUAAUAUGUUGACUCCCUGUCCUGUAAUGCAAUAGGAGUAGCAGGUGAUGUCUUUGGGAGGUAAUUGAUACUAGAAUGGAUCAUGUGUGUGAAUUCCUAAUGAAUGGUUUUAAUGUCUUCUAAGUAUUCUGAGACAGCUUGCUUCCCCUAUCAAUCAUGUGAGGACCCUUUGGGGAGAUCUAUAAAUCCGGAAGCUGGUCCUCACCAGACACAAAACCAGACCGUAUGGGGAAUGUUAUGGGACAUAUCCAGUCUCCAGAAGUGAGAAAUUUCUGUUGCUUACAAGCCACCCAGUUUAUCAUAUUUUGUGAGAGCGGCCUCAGCUAAGACACAGGUGAAGAAUGUGGGUAAUGUUUUGGGCAAAGAUAACCGUUUCAUAAAAAUCCGAAUUCACCUUGGAGCAUGACCACAUGAGUGAGGUGAAGGACACCAGUCCUUCAGCUAGACAUCUGUCUUCAUUCCACACUUCAGAGUUCACACUGCAGAAAGACUUUAAAAUGGUGGAGAAUGUGAUAGUUCCUUCCUUAGUGUAUUAUGCUGAGGAGAACCUUAUGAGGCAGCCACCUUCCUGAAUUGAGUUUUGUUCACCUGCCUGUCCACAGUGGAGUGACUUCCCGUAAGUUCCAGCUAUUUGGGAAAGUUCAGAAGUUGUAUUGGGUGUUCUGAUGUGUCUGAAGUCAUUGCUGGAAGUCACUGUCAGAUUCUGUGACAGAAAUCAUUUCACUUCUGCCACCUGGAUGGUCCCAGUAACGAACAUCUGUCACCACCCAGCUUAAUGACGCUGACCACUUUGCUUUGUCGUUUGCUGAUGGAAGUUAUGGGUACUGGGAUCUCCUCAUUGCCUUCUAAGUUACCAGUCAGUCACCAGUCAGGGUGUUCAGGGACGUCCCUCCCCUCUGGCCUGUCAGGAUUAAGGUCUCCUGCCUGUGAGGCUCCUACAGACCUCCAGGCAGCUCACAGCCCCCACAGCUGCUGUCUGCCUGGCCUUGUAAAGUGUCCUGCACACGCCAAGCUUUAGUUUUCCACCAAACACCCAAGUACAGUUUUUCAGCCCCUUGUUGACCCUCCGUACCUCUUGAGUUCUGGAUGGUGUUUUGCAGAGAAAGAGUAAAUAUUUUAGGGACGUUGUUAGUCUCCUGAGGAUUGUGAUAAAUCUUUGCAGCUUCUAAGUCAGCAACACAGGAAUUGGGUGCUAUGUGCUGCUCUGGUUUAUGCAUUACUAAAUGCCUUUUUUGUUUAAUUACCAUUAGUCUUAGGUGUUAAAUUCACUUUAAGGGGUGGUGUGAAAUUAGAAUUGAGCUCUGCCAGACAUAGGAGUGAACAGAGUUCAUUGCCACCCAAACUUACUGUGUCUCAGAGUGGAUGAUUGCAAAUAAACAAUACAGAGGUCAGUUCUGCUCUCCAGCUUGGGCUUUAAUUUGCAUUAAAACUCAAGACCUUUGUUAUGGGCUGAAUUCUGUACCUAACAUUCAUAUGUUAAAGUUGUAAGCCCCAGUACCUCACAAUGUGACACUGUUAGCUACAGCAUCUUUAAAGAGACCAGAAGUUGAAAUGGGUUAUUAGGAUGGACUCUUAGGCAGUAUGACUGGCUUCAUGAUAAGAAGAGAUGAGGAUACAGGCACACACAGAUGACCAUGUGAAGAAAGGGAAUCCCCAGAUCUAAGCCAAGGACAGAGGCCUCAGAAGAAACUAACCCUGCUGACCCGUUAGGUCUAAUUUCUAGACUCCAGAUUUGUGGGAAAAUAAAUUUCUCUUGUGUAAUCACCCAGUGUGGGGUCCUGUGUAAUACCAGUUGUAGCUAAUACAGCCUCCCGGGAUCCACAUCUGGGUUUUGUGGUCUGGAUCCUAGCAAGUUUUGUGUGCUCAGAGGUCACCAUGAAAAGGGAGCAGUUGAGACCAUUCCAGUGGUGUGGAAACAACAGGAAUAUUUUGCUUCUCCACAGCUGAUAGCACAGGAUGCCAGGCGCUGUUGAGUGGAAUCUCUACCCCAGAUCCUUCAACGGAGCCUUGUGACCUGGUGUACAGUAUUCACUUGUAACACCACAGGCAGGGGAACUAUAAUUGGUAAUCUGGAUGAUUGGGCAAUUAGGGAGCAGAGGAGACACCAGCCACCUAGGUGGUGUGUAUCUCUUAAAAAAGUAUCCACAUGGGGCGCCUGGGUGGCUCAGUUGGUUAAGCGACUGCCUUCGGCUCAGGUCAUGAUCCUGGAGUCCCGGGAUCGAGUCCUGCGUUGGGCUCCCUGCUCAGCAGGGGGUCUGCUUCUCCCUCUGACCCUCCCCCCUCUCAUGUGCUCUCUCUCAUUCUCUCUCUCAAAUAAAUAAAUAAAAUCUUUAAAAAAAAAAAGUGUAUCCACAGAUGUUGUAGUGACUGGCUGGGCAGGAUCAGUGUGCACAGAAAUUCUCCACUUUCAGACACACGUAUCCUGUGUGACAGAGGUCCUUGUCAUAAAAUAAUCCCAAAGUCUCUGAAUUCUUCUAUCCCCUGUGGUGCUAACAUGUCAAGGCCGUUGUGACAAGUGAAGGCAGGAGAAAGGUAAAGACAAGGGAGAAUUCAUCCUCCAGGGAUGUAGCUUUUGUGACGCUGCCCAGUCAGCAUUCUUGUUGGUAUCCUAAAGGACUGUGGCAGACACCUGUUCUGAAACAUCCUCUUCCCAGGGUGUCUCCCAGGUACUCCCCAGCCUCUAGGGCUAAAAAAGCAGAUCUUUCUGGAGGUGGUGGUGCGGAGUCCUACUCAUGUUAUGGUUGCUCAAGAUAGUCUUCUGCCCCAAAGUCCAUAAAUAAACAUUUCUCCUCUAGGUGGACUUCUCAGCCUUUUUCGUUGGCCUGAGGGCUGGAGGUGGUUUUGCACGUAUGUCCCUUUCAUUCAACAGUACUGUUUUCUUCUCUGGGUGUACCACUAUUGAUCUCUUCAUCUGUUUGGAGGAUGUGGGUUAUUUCCAGUGUUUCCCUUUCACAAACAAAUCCCUCUAUAUAUUUUCAUUAUAAUUCAUUUCAUUUCUGUUAAAACUCAAAGCACAAUGGCUAAGUCACAGGUAGGUGAGUGUUAACAUUUUCAUGAAAGGGUCAAAAUGGGAUGUGAAGUGUUCACUAUUGCAUUCCCACCAGGCAUGUAUGAGAGCUCCAGUGUGUCCAGUCCCUGCCAGUACUUCAUAGGGCGUCUAAUGACAGUCCUUUUAGUAGGUGUGUAGUGCUAUGUUGUAAUUGUAUUUCCUAAGGAUUCACUUUCAGCAUUUUUUUCUUGUGUUUAUUUACCACCUGUAUGUGUUCUUUGGUACAAUUUCUGUUUGUACCAUUUGCCUGUUUUCUUUGAUGUGAUUAUGGCUAGUUCCCUUUUCAAUUACAAAUUAGCCAUGCACACAACAAAGGUAAAUGUUAAAAUUUUUCUCAUUCUUACAUGGUGUGACAUUUUUCUUUAUGUUUUCAUGGUACUACUAAAGGCUAUUUCUCCCAUUAACUACUUCAGAUUUUUGUGGCCUACUCACUGUCAUGGACCAAAACACUUCACGUGUUUAAGUCUAGGGUACAUUCAUUCCAUUUAUCAUCAUUUUCUUAAGUCCAGGCCUUUAGAAGAACAAAAAUCCAUCCCUGCUCUGUAGUGUUUGCCAAUUUCCAGAGUGUAAAUUCUCCCAUUGUGAGAGUGGGAUAUUCUCAGAGAAGGUGCUGAAUAACUAUGUGGGUGUUUGGUGGAAAACCACUCACUGUGGGGGCUGUGAGCUGGCUGGAGGUCUGCAGGAACCUCACAGGCAGGGGACCUUAAUCCUGACAGGCCAGAGGGGAGGGACGUCCCUGAACACCCUGACUGGUGACUGAAAAUUUGGCUGGUCUCACGUUAGUAGUGACAAGGUUGUCAUGUACACCCACUCAGGUCAGAGUCGCCUCCUCCGAUUCCACCCAGUACACUGGGAGAAAUUCUCACCGUGGGACGCCAGCCUCCAAGUGAUUUAAUUUCUCCUUUUUCUGUAAUAGUUGACUGCUGGUCCCGAAAGAGUCGACAUUCAUCUGAGCAUCUCACCACUGCUCUGGGCUGUGUUCCCAGGCAGCUGUCUCAGAGGAAGUCCGCUGGGCCCGGGGAGGUGAUCGGUCACUGGGCACUUCCGGCCUUCCCCUGGCCUGGAAGGACUGGGAGCCAGGUGGGGCGUGGCCUCUCCCAGAAAAGACGGGGAUUCCCUCCUGUUUGGGGCCUUGCCCAGAAGAUCAAGAGUCAGUCCAGGCCUCCCUCUUCACCCGAAGGAGGUUCCCUACCAGAAGGAAGAGGGUCCCUGGGUCAGGUGUGUGGCAACCUGUGGAGGCCUUACCCCCCCACACACAGACACAUAUGUGGGAUCAGGGUCUCAUUUCAGAGGACAUACCAGGAAGGGGCCUGCAGGGGGCCCUGGUGCCUGGUGGGAGGGCAGGGCAGAGACAGAGGAGUCACUUGGAAGUUGUUGGAAGAACCCUCUGCGUUAAGUACCUGUACUUUACUGGAGAGGAAGUUCCCACCAUCAGUCCUUAAGGCAGUGCCCUGCCCAGAGCUCUGGCCAUUCUUGCCCCUCAGGGACACAGCACAGUCCACAGGUGAGUCCUCCAUUCUUCCCACCAGCACUAUCAUUACCUCUCUGGUGCUGAUGGGUGUAGAAGUCUGGACUACACUCAGCGGAUUAGGUUGUCCACAGUUAUCUUAAGGGGAAAAAAAAAAAACCUCAGGUGCAGAUUUUUCAACAAAUUACGACUUUGGGGCGCCUGAAUGGCUCAGUCAGUUAAGCCCUUAGGCUCGGGUCACAAUCUCGGUGUCCUGGGAUUGAGCCCUGCUUUGGGCUCCCUGCUUAGUCGGGAGUUUACUUCUCCCUCUUCCACUGGCCCUCCCCCUGCUUGUGCUCUCUCUCUCUCUCUGAAAUAAAUAAAAUAUUAAAAAAAAAAAAACCCGGGCGCCUCGGUGGCUCAGUCAUUAAGCGUCUGCCUUCGGCUCAGGUCAUGAUCCCAGGGUCCUGGGAUCGAACCCCGCAUCGGGCUCCCUGCUCAACGGAAAGCCUGCUUCUCCCUCCCACUCCCCCUGCUUGUGUUCCCUCUCUUGCUAUGUCUCUCUCUGUCAAAUAAAUAAAAUCUUUAAAAAAAAAAAAAAAAAAAACCCAAAAACAAAUUAUGACUUGAGCACCUAGCCUGGGGUUCCCAAACAGACUAGGUUUGGCCACUCCCUGGUGACAAAAUCCAAAGUCAGAGAAAGCAUUGGUGGUAAACAAGAAAGGAAUCUCAGGGAGCCCAACACAGAGAAGACCAUGGCCGAACCUCUUAAUGAUUGUCUCCAAAGGGCUGAGAAACACUUCCAGGUUUAUAGAAGGAAAACGUGGGGCCAAGGUGGAUGGGUACAUGCAGGUAGGCAGUGAAAGUCAAAUAGAUCAUAGUCCUGGAGUCAGUCAUGGGUGGGGACUUGCUGGCUCAGGGCAAUCCUUAGUGCUCGAGGGGGUAGUUUUUGUUCCCAUCAGGGGAUGCCUUGCCAGCAGGGUCUUCCAUCUGAGUCUAGAGACAAGCUGGAAAGAAGAACCCGACUAGAAAGUUUGAGGUCAAAAUGGGGGCAGCCAAGGUCUUCUCAGUUCUAAGAAAAACGGUAUGUAUGGGUAAAGCCAACUCAGGUCCUCGGGUGACCUAGUAAUCUUAAGGUUAAACAAGUACCCUUAGCCUACAUGACUGAUUUACUUUUCUGUUUAUCUAUAGACCAUGCAUUCUCUCCUAGAAAGAGCUGGGAACUUCUGAAUGCCACAAAGCAAAACAGACCCUCUUGUACAAACCCCAGGUUCUAAGGAACCAGACCCCCUUGUACAACCUCCCAGCACCGUGACAAUAUCUAUAGCUAGCACAUCGAGUCUGCAUAUAGUCAAGAAGUGUUAAAGACUGCUGUUAUCCCUUUACUGGUUAGCUGCCCUAAACUCCUUUAAAAACCCCUGGGUGAGGCAGAAACCUUGGAGGUGGCCUUUAUACAAGAGUCCACCUUCUCCGCAGGUGGCCAGCCUUCCAAAUAAAGCUCAUUUUCCUUUCCAGUCAAUACUUCUCUGUUGAGUAUUGACUUUUGGAGUGCUAGGCAACCGAAAUUGGGAUUUGGUAAAACGUAUUUGAACACAGACACAGAGCAAUCCAUCCAUUUGCCAAAGCAAUUCUAAAAGGAUAUCAUGGGGCGUCUGGGUGGCUCUGUUGGUUACACGUUUGCUUUUGGCUCAGGUCAUGAUCUCAGGGUCCUGGGAUCAAGCCCCACGUCUGGCUCCCUGCUCAUGGGGGAGUCUACUUCUCCCUCUGCCCCGCCCCCCACUCAUGUUCUCUCUCCAGUAAAUAAAAUCUUCUUUAAAAAAUAAAAGGAUAUUAUAUGGGGCGCCUGUGUGUCUCAGUCAGAUAACAGUCCACCUCUUGAUUUUGGCUCAGCUGGUGAUCUGGGGAUUAUGAGAUCAAGCCCAGCAUUGGGCUCCAUCCUCACUGUGGUGUCUGCUUGAGUUUCUCUCACUUCCUGUCCAUCUGCCCGUCCUACUGCUCACGCUCGCUCUCUUUAAAUAAAUAAAUUAAUUAAUUUUAAAAAAUCUUAGAAAAAGUAUACCAUACUGCAAAUAUUGUUUCUCUGGACCAGGCACAGUGGUUAAAGGUUUUUCACUUUUUAUGUUCAUAAAGGAGCACUUACCCACUAAUAAAGUACAGUAAAUCAGACAUUCUAGACAUUACCUUUUUCAAAAAAGAUUUU